UUAGUUGGUGUUCAGAACUUGUCCGAGGCGUUGUCGUAACGCAAGAAGCUAGCCAACCACCCAGCCUAGUGCGGUGCAGGUGCAAGUGCAACAACUCAUCGCCAACGGACACCGAAGCGUUGAAGGCCAAGUUCAAGUCACCGAGUAGCCGCAAGGACUCCGCAAACGUCUCGCGUUUUGGUGCACCCUCCUCUUCGGAAGAUCGGAAUGAGAACAGUGGCCAAAGUGGUGCUACCGGCGGCAACGAUGCCACAUCGGUUGCCGUCGAGGGUGGUCUACAUUCUGGUGGUCACUGUCGGGGUCGCCAUGAUCAGCUUCGUCGGUGCCGGUUUGCCUUCCGUUCUGCGAGCAUGCCCCCGGAAUUCCACCGACCUGGACCAGUGCAUUAUCGAUGUGGUGAAUGAACUGCGGCCCCGACUGGCGACCGGAGAUUUCGGCGAAAACUUCACCAUCACCUCGCUGGAACCGAUCGUGAUCGACAAGCUGGCGAUAAAGAGGGGCGAAAGCUUCCAGGCGAAUUUCUCCAACUUCCGGAUCAGCGGCGCUACCCAUGAGAAGACGGGCUUCAUCGUUAAGAAGCUUAAAACCGAUCUAGAACGACAACAAAUCAACGCUACGCUCGCACUACCGAAGCUGCAAGUCAACUCAAAGUAUGAUCUUCGGAUGAGCAUUCUUGUGCUUCAGAUUGCGGGUAAAGGAGAUCUGCAGGUCAAUCUGACUGAUACGCGCGUAAGCCUGAAGCUGACGUUCUACACCGAGACGGUCGAUGGUGAGGAGUACUUCCGCUUCCGACCGAUCACGCUGCGCGUCAAGUUCGGCAAGGCUCGGUUCUAUCUGCAAAAUCUGUUCAACGGCGAUCCGACGCUCGAGGCGGUCGGCAAUCAGGCUAUCAACGAGAACCCGGACGUGCUGCUGGACGAGGUGAAGGGUGGCAUCGAGGAGAAUCUGAGCGUUCUGUUCUCCAAAAUAGCGUCCGAGGUCGUGAAGGACGCGCUGUUCGAGGAAGUGUUUCCCUGGAGCUAGUGAGGGGUCGUGGUUUUGAAGGUGAAAACCCAGUACGGCAAUCAUCAAAUGAAAAACAUUUACCUGCUUGGAAUGUGAUUUAAAUAUGUACACACACACAAACAAUCAUUCUACUUUCUUUCUCUCUCUGUCCCACCGUAUUGGCGUCGUAUUCUGUGUUGAGUUUAUCCCGAAGGGAGAAAGAAGCAAAUGUGAGAGCAAUGCAAUAAAUAAGCACCCUUUAUGGAUUUUACUGAA